AUGUCAUCCUGUAUCUUUAUCUUGGAUGAGAAUUUAGAACCGAUUUUAAACAAGAAUAUUCGAUCAAUAGGUAAUAAUUUCGAAUUAUUAUUAAAAUUUCAAGAAAUAUACAGGAAACAACAGAAUGAAAUUCACAAUAAUGAUGAUAGCAAGGUUUUACCAAUAUUAAAUACAAAUGAUUAUGGUAUGAGUAAUAGUACUAAUGGGGGAGGAGGAAAUUGUGGUUGGCAAUUUCUUCAUAUUAAGAGAGAUUCAUUAAUUUUUGUUUCCAUAAUUGAGAAUAAUUCAAUGAAUAGUUUAAUGAUCAUCUUCUCAUAUUUGGAAGAAUUUUAUAAAUUAUUGAAGAGUUAUUUGAACGUUACUAAAUUAGAUAAGGGGUUAUUGAUUGAUAAUUUCUUAUUGGUUAUGGAAUUGCUUGAUGAAAGUUUAGAUUUUGGUAUUGUUCAAUUCACUGAUUCCAGUUUAAUUAAAGAUUAUAUUCGUGUUAAGAUUAAUUUACCUGAACUAAAUUAUGAUGGAAGUAGGAUUGAUGGUAAUGAUGAGGUUAGUAGUGAUGACGACGAUGAUAAUAAGCAUAAACGAAAGCAUAAACACAAGCAUAAGCAUGAAAAAUCAAAAGCGAAAGGGAAACAAGCAGACAAUGUUGGUACUGGUGCUGGUGCUGGAUUGAACUUGUCCAAUUUAACGAAAUUAGAAAAGGAUAAAAUUUUGGAAACGAUAAAGAAGAAUAAAGAUAAAGUGUUAGAUGGUACCAGAUUACGUAUUGGUGGUGGUAAUAGACAAGAUACCGAUACCGAUACCGAUAUAGAACUUGGAACUCUUGGUGAAGGUAAUAAUGAUAUUUAUAUGAAUAGUUAUAUUGCCAAGACAACGAUAAUGCCCAUAUCGUGGAGAACUAAAGGUAUUCAUUAUGCAAAGAAUGAAUUUUUCCUAGAUGUUAUUGAGAAAGUAGAAUAUUUUAUGGAUUUUGAGAAGGGUUUAAUAAGGAAGAAUUUAAUUCAUGGAGAGAUUGUUUGUAAAUGUUAUCUUUCUGGGAUGCCCAAAUUGAAGAUAUCAAUUAAUAAGAUAUUACAAAAUGAUUCACAAUUUUUAUCCAAUGCACAUUUCCAUCAAUGUGUUAGUUUAGAUUCGUUACAUUUACAGAGUGCAGAAGACGACGAUGGCGAUGAUAAUGCAAAUGUAAACGAGAAUGAGAAUCACGAUGAACGAGAUAGGAAGAAAGAGAUUGAAUUUAUACCGCCCGAUGGUGAUUUUCUUUUAUGUAAGUAUGAAUUGAAAAGACAUGUUAAAGAUUUACCAGUCAUUAAAUUGAAACUGUUUGAUAUUAAACCGAAGUUAUCUAAAUAUAAAUUGAAAAUUCAUGUUAUUAUUGAGACACAUUUCAAGACUACAAAUAAUACAUCGAAAUUAAAUUUAAAAAUCCCCAUUGAACGACUUUUUCAAGAAUAUAGAAUUGAUUUAAGUAAACAAAUCAAAUUUAAAUGUGACCAGGGUAAAGUAUUAUUUAAUUUAAGUGAUAAUUUUCUAAUUUGGGAAAUUGGAUCAAUGAAAGGUGGACAUGGAGAAGUUACUAUGUCUAUGAUGGCAGAGUUCCCCAUAUUCAAUGAAGAAGAAUAUGAACGAUUGCAAGAGGAAAUGAAAACCUCAAUGAAUCCACCACCGUUAAGAGAGGGACCUAAAUUGGAAGAAUUGUAUAAAAAGAUACAUCAUCACAAUGACGAGGAUGAAGACGAAGUGGAAGCCGAAGUAGAAGCCGAAGAAGAAGAAGAAGAUGUGGGUAGUCAAGAAGCCACGGGAACACAUGCAAGGAAAACGAAAGAAGAGCGGAAGGAUAAAGAUUUACGAAAACGAACACGAUCACCGAACCUAUUGAAGAUAGAUUUUGAAAUACCGUAUUAUACGUGUAGCGGGUUAAAGAUUGAGUAUUUGAAGAUUGAAGAGCCACAAUUACAGUACCAAUCUUUCCCCUGGGUUCGAUAUAAGACCAUCAGUGAUGAAGAAUAUGCAUACAUAGUUUAG